UCCAGCCGUGUUACGUGCCUGGGUGUUCGAAGAUGCACAGUCAUUGCGUCGUCAGCAGCGCGUCGCGCAGACAUGUCCCGUGCUCACGUCAUACUACCCGCCAGUGGCUAUGUCAUUUUCCGACCACGAUGACCUUGCUGCACUUGGCCACAUAUUGGCUCAUCUUGUCAAGGCCGUGAAAGCUGAAGAGGGUGUGGACCUUAGCAGGCUGCGGGGAGUUCUCUCGCAACUUCCACGAUCAGUGCUCGGUCCUUAUAACGCAAAUGAAGACACGAUAAAGCUCAUAGCAAAGCAGUUCCCCGACUCUAUCGUUGUAGUCCAGGACAAAGUGUACACACUCGAAGGACUUGGCGAAAAACAGUUCAGGCUGAAAAGCUGUAAGCCGGCUGAAAAGCAACAACAAUUAGCCAGUGGAGACCCACCUGCCGAGCUUAACAACGUCGCCGGCAGCAUCUCAAAGCUGCUGAUGCUCUAUGGCUUCGUGUGCUUGGAACCUCCAUAUUGCGUGAGCGUUUUUUUUGAUAAGAGGCUUUUUGAUGGGAACAGACACAACGACUUGACGAAGUCUUGGCUUAAGGUAGGUGACCGUGUCUUAAUAGACGCUGUGAGAAGCCCACCAGGACACAGGGCGAAAUAUCAGGCAACCCGUAUACAAGCACUGAAAAAGAUGCAACAGAACCCUGCGCCAAGUCGGAUGCCCAGGGAAGCUGAGAGUGGCGUGAUUUAUGGGCGUAUCGGCACAAUCCAAGCAGUGAACCCGAGCCACGGGUUCAUUGUGUUUGGACAGGACAAUAAACAGUGCGCUGCUUUUUACAUUCACGAUGUGCACAGAUCCUUGCUCAAGCCUAGGAAGAACUUGGAUGACAUCUUUAAGGUUGGAAGCAAGGUGCAGUUUGACAUUCGUUCAAAUCCCAAGCCGUCCACCAUCGCCAAGUGGUUGGCCACUAACAUCACGAAGGCUCCGUGUGAUCAGUCCGGGCAAGCGAGCGACAGUGGGGAUGAGGCUUUUCUGUCGUACAGUGAAAUAGCGGAGCGCUCCAUUAAAACAAAAGAGUUCUCUGCACGUAAAAAGUUGUCGGGCAUCAGGGGUGCGUUCUACCCGAACUCAAAAAACACGGGCCUUGUCGCGGCCUUCGACCAGAACAUCAUUGUACGAGUGGUGGUCGACGUGGCGUACUGUGGUGGGAAGAAGCUCAAGUCAUUCGUUGAGCUGAUGAAGGACUGUUCACUCCAGGACGAAGUCGAGGUGUUCGUGGAUGCAGUAGAAGCAGAACAGGACAAGUGGGUGGCCACGCUCAUGUGGACUGGUGAUCGGCCUCUGCAUCCACUUGUCGAUCAGAGCGAGUGUGCAUUUCGCAGUGCCCUCCCCCUUGCCCUGGCAGAUAUGCCUGCAGUCCCUUGUAAAGGUACUGACAAUGUUGAAGCACCGACCAAGUUUUGUGCCAAUGCGGAGCAUAACGUGGCAGUCUACCCAAACAGCAAGGGCAUCCUGAAGGUCGUCGACGACAACCGUGCCAUAUGCGAGGUUCAGGAGCCCGAGGGGUGCAGGAACAUCGAGUUUUUAACUUUCCACAAGAACAGGGUGCCCCGCGUGGGUCAGUUCAAGAGUGUCCUUCAGGAGGGUGACGUCGUCCAAGUAGAUUACCUGGUCUGCACCGUCGGCGGCAAGGACGAGGUGUGCUGCCGCGUCGUGUGGCAAGGUGACCGGCCCAUGUGCAAUCGGCUCAUCAGUCCCACAGAGUUCAGCCUGAUGUUGAAGGGCAGGGCAAGCGCUGAAAGGCUCGCCGACGUUAUGGGUGGACAGCAAGGAGGAUCCAGAAGCUUACAGGAUCUAGAAGCACCCAAGUGGCCGUCAGUCACUGGAAUCGCUUCCUUGACCGCCAUGGACGCCGGAGGUCAUCCUUCAGCUAAGGAGCCCAAGGUCUACAGCUUUGUGAGCCUGAAGGGCACGGUGAUGGAGGUCGAUUUAUCUGCUGCCAUCGUGGAAGUCCGGGAAGGCCCAAGUGUCCGGGAGUUGACGAUUACCGUGGACAACUUCUACAAUGAGGGACGGCCGUAUUUGAACAAUUUGACACGAGUGCUGCGCAAAGGGGCUAUAAUCAACGUAGACUACAUGGUGGGCCGAGUGGGCGGGGAGGAUUUUGUCCACUGUGAUGUGGCCUGGCUGGGCCCAAAACCAAAGGGAGCGCCGCGGCUAACCGAGGAGGAAUUCAGGCAGCAGCUCUGCGGCCGCGGGUCCAGCAACACUUUUAUCAAAGACUUGCAAAGCUCUACGCUGGAGCUCAACAACCUGUUCAAGGAUGCUCAGAGGGGCCCAGCUGUGGGCAACCAUCACAAGUCGAUGGAAAUGUACAGGCAGUCACCGCAGGUGAACAUACACCAAGAGGAUGCGUGCCAGCCACCGACACGUUCCCAUCCGUGCAUCGGUAUCCAGCCUCAAACUGGAGCUUACCAGCAAGCUCCACAGGUGAUGUCACAGGUGAACAUCUGCCCACAGAAGGAUGUGAACCAAACACGUGACGGUAAAGCCAGACAAGGAAAUUUUCCUUUCAAUGAGGAAAUGUACAAGCGCAUUGUGGAAAUGACGAAAGAAGAGGUCUGGGCCCAGAUCUGUGCAGAGAUCAAAGAUGCUUUGCAAGACUGGCAAAAACAGGUCUCAGAAAACGCUCCAACAUCGCAAGGUCAGGGCGACGACGGUACUGCAGUGGGGACUACCGAAUGGCAACCACGCUCGGGGUCCUGUCCAAACGUAUCGCAAAAGCCAGAUGUUGCUGCGGCCUCUUCGCGGCCAUUAGAGACAUUCUUGGAUGCGGCUGUGCGGAAACGGGAAGUUAAACCGCCACCUGGGUUCCACAUCCCUCCAUCAUCCGCUCUGGUGGAACGGAAGCCAGAGCCAGUGAGCAUCGCUUCUGCUCGGCAGACAUCGAACAUUUUGCAUCAGCCAGGUGCCUCCUGGUGCGCGUCCACGAGCCAGUUUGAAGGACAUCCACAGGCCAGUUCCAACAUAAAUGCCACUUCUGUUGUGCUAGCAGAAUCACCUGUAGCGGCAAUCCAUUCCUCUUGGCACUUUUCGAAUGUGCCCCAGCAGCCUGGUGUCGCCGCAGCUUCUUCUCCUGCUCGGGUGUCGCAGCAGACAUGGCUUGGUGGAGGGCAGCCGUCCAGCUUCGAGAUGCGGCAGGACGUGAGCCCGUUUCAGGGACAUGGAAGUAACCAGAAAGACGUGCAGGACUUCGGCAUUGCGUUUGACGAUUCGUUGGUGGAGGGCGAAGAGCUGUCGGAAGAUGACAUCCGCCGGCUUGGCUUGCUAGACCCAUAGCGUAGAGAAUUCAUGAAGGUGGUCAUAGUGAGAAGAGACAAAGCAAGAAAAAAAAUAAAGCGUUUGUUUUGUGGAGUUCUAUUGACUGCA